AUGGAUCACUGGCUGCGACGCCAUGGUUUCGCUUCACUCCAGAAGUUAGAGGAACGUCUAGCAGAUUCAGACAAGCCAAUGGAGUUCGUUGCAGACGUGCCGGGUUUCAAUUUCGAGGCGGUCAUCGACCCUGAGGAUAAGUGGGGUGUUGAAGACAAGUUAUCACAGAUCAACACACUUCAACAAUUGGAGAACAUCGCUAGCCAUGGAUUCAUAACAGUAAGUUUC